UGUUGCUGGCGCGGCUCUUACUCCUUAUCAUUCGUGUGUAGCGGCUCAAUGCGCGCGGCGUCGCAUCGAUUUUUCCGCCAAACAAGCCAUUCCCAACCAUCACUUGUAUUGUAAACACGUUCCAUAAACAAGUGACGCUCACAGACGUGAUAAUACGAAUAAUAAAUAACAUUGUGAAAUGUGAGAGUUUUGACGGAAAAUAAUGCGCCACUCCCCGUGGGCAGAAAACUACAAUGGCCGCCCAAAAUAAAGCUGAAGGCGGGUCGGAGGAGAUGCCGGCUGCUGCGCCCGCGGACCCCAGCGCGGAGCAGAAAGAGCGGCUCAUUGCUGCUGUCAAGAAGGAGGUCAAGCAGUUGAUGGAAGAGGCUGUAACACGUAAAUUCGUACACGAGGAGAGUGGCGGAGUGACCGCCCUGUGUGGUGCUGUGGAAGCGUGCCUCGGGCAGGGACUGCGGCGCCGGGCUCUCGGGCUAUUCAAGACCAGUUCUACCACUGCUCUUCUACACAAGAUUGCCAAGCACUGCCCCGAAGCAGCGUUGGUAUCAGCGAGGGUGCUUGCAGCUGAGGGUGCCCCAGCAACGCGCUCUGCAUCAGGAGUUGAAAGAAGACCGUCAGCCCCCAGGCCUCCGCUCUGCAAGCGAGGCUCCGGUUCCUUGCUGUCUGGAUCUCCGCCUACUUCUAGGCACCUCUGGAUCCGCAUAGCACUGUUCGAGCGUCAACUGGCGAAGAUUAUUGAGCACCUUGUGAACAACGCUAACCGAUACUACGAAAGGGACGCUUUAGUAGCAGACCCAGAUUACGGGAGUAUUCUCAGCUCCUUACUGGUUGGACCUUGUGCCCUGGAGUACUCCAAGGCUAAGGCACCAGCUUGCUUUUGGACGGAUCCUCCUGCAGACGAACUAGUGCAGAGACACAGAAUGUCGGCCGGCACCACAACGCCACCGUCUGUUCGCAGACCGAUCCUCAAUUUCAAGAGGAGCUUAAACGCCUCAUCUGAUGACGGGGGCUCCAGCAACACGGGUACAGGCAAGGCAGCGGGAUCGAGUGCCAAAGAUUACGUGGAAAGUUUACAUCAGAACUCCACAGCAACGCUUUUGUAUGGGAAAAACAAUGUCAGAGUACAGCCGAAAGACGUUGAGGAGCCAAUGCCUGGUUAUUUGAGUCUCCAUCAGACUGCGGCGGGUCUUGUGAUAAAAUGGACCCCCAAUCAGCUCAUGAACGGAUAUGCAGAAAGUGAAGGAAUUGACAAAAGUGCUCCCCGUUACCACCUAGUGCAUGCAUCCGAGUGCCAACACACGUGUGUUCUGUGCAGCUUGUCUCCCACCUGCACAGUGUAUCGACGUCGCUGUGCAGGGCCCCUGUGCAUCGAUUGCGUAUACUGGGCGAUGUCCCUACAAGUGUGUGUUUGGGAAGUGGUAUACGUUCAUGUGCAUCGGUCCCAGGCCAGUGAUGCUCUCAUACUGGUCGGCCAAGACGGAGUGCAGAGGCCCCCCAUACAUUUUCCUAAAGGAGGACAUCUGCUCUCUUUUCUGAGCAACCUUGAAACCGGAUUGCUACCACAUGGUCAACUGGAUCCACCGCUCUGGUCACAAAGAGGAACAGGGAAGGUGUUUGGCCGCGGUAAAGCAAGACGUAGACCGCUACCAAGCUUAUGUGAGAGUGGGGAAACUGAAGAACCGGAGUGGGAGGAGACAGCUGGAGAUUAUGUCUUCAGGAUCGUCAAUAAAUGCUAUCAAAAUGAUAGAGAAGCAAUGCGCCACUCCCUGCUAGAACGUGCAGUGCAGUCGCCUCCUCGCACACCGCGACGUCCUCUAGCUUCCACAUCCACCACAUCAUCUGACUCCUCAACCAUGUCUGUCGACUGUCCACCAUCGGCUGGACUUAAUGGACAUCCACCACUGACGCCCAUACCACAUCAGCCUGUAGAACAGGCUGCCUCAAUCGAGUUAGUGUGCAGUACAAUGCGUCGUCAGAUUAUUUCGCGAGCAUUUUACGGCUGGCUUGCAUACUGCCGCCAUUUGUCUACUGUCAGGACGCAUCUUAGUGGUCUCGUGCAUCCGAACAUCGUUCCUAGAGAGAACGCAGAAGGCGGUCUAACAGACGAGCGAUGGCUGGCAAUGACGGACGAGUCCGGAGCAAUACACGACAAGGAUGAGGUGUACCGGCUGGUGUACUACGGGGGGGUGCAGCAUGACAUCCGGCGACAUGUGUGGCCUUACUUACUUGGAUAUUACGAAUUCGGUUCUACGGCAGAGGAACGAGCUGAACAAGACGCGGCGUGUCGCCGUCGAAAACAAUCACGACUAGCGUAAACUGUGCGUAUUUUUAAUUUAUCAGUGCGACAACGGGACCGUGUUUUGUCUACGGCCGCGUCCAUCGCCAGACUGACUGAAGCAUCCGGCAAACUGAAGCCUACUGACAAUAAUGAUACCAGCGAGGUAUUCGAAGACGAUUGCAGCGUAAUCUCAGACAACCCACCAAUCGUUUCACCAGAACCAAGUGAGAACGAACAGAGACGACCGGACAAGCCUAUACUGUCCCGAGCACCCAGCAUAGACGAAGUAGACAACAUUGAAAUGGACUCGGAAAGAGACAAAGAAACAAAACAAAACGGAGAGACUGAGAAUGGUGAUAAUAGGGAUGUAGAUGUAGACAGUCUGAAAGACUUAGAUGAAGAUGUCCAUUUGAAGAGUGUUGUUGACAACCCUGAUAUGAGGAGGGAAAGUAUAGCGGAGAUCAAGAGGCUAGCUGAAGAGAUCGUUCAGAAAGGCGAUGGAAGAGGCCUUCUAUGCAGCGUUGACAGUGCCCAUGUGAACGGCACUGGAAGUGAUUUCAGGUCGUCGAUCGAUGAAAGCGGGCCAAGUCCUCAUCAGCAGCAUACGAGCGUUAUCAUUACUAAUCCGUCUGUUGACCUCGCGGCUGGAGGGUCUCCUGUUUCUGGUGGAACUACUGCACAAGUGAGUCCAGCUCGCAGUCCCCUCGGAGUGGUGCGUGAGGAGUCGCAGUCGGCUGGAGCUAGCUUCGAUACUCUGGAGCCGGCAGAUAGGAACGCACAGGACAAUCGUUCAAAUUGUGUCUCACCGGCUAGUUCUAAUGGCGGAGUUUAUUCUAAUGAAUUGGUGGAAUCCUUCGCUCUCAAUCUGCACCGCAUAGAGAAAGACGUUCAGAGAUGUGACAGGAACUAUCCGUUCUUCACUGACGAGAAUUUAGAUAAACUACGGAAUAUUAUGUGCACCUACGUAUGGGAGCACCUGGAGACAGGCUACAUGCAGGGUAUGUGCGACCUGGCGGCGCCACUGCUCGUCAUGAUGCGCGAGGAGGCGCACGCGCACGCUCUGUUCAACAGUCUCAUGCGACGCGCUACUGACAACUUCCCGUCUGGACAGGCCAUGGAUGCGCAUUUUGCUGAUAUGAGGUCACUCAUCCAGAUCCUGGACUGCGAGCUGUACGAGCUGAUGCACGCGCACGGCGACUACACGCACUUCUACUUCUGCUACCGCUGGUUCCUGCUCGACUUCAAGAGGGAACUGCUCUACCAGGACGUAUUUGCGGCAUGGGAGUUAAUCUGGGCAGCCCGCCACGUGGCAUCUGAACACAUGGUGCUGUUCAUAGCGCUGGCACUGCUGGAGACCUACCGCGACGUCAUACUCGCCAACACCAUGGACUUCACUGAUAUCAUUAAGUUUUUCAAUGAAAUGGCAGAACGACACGACGCAUCGGCAGUGUUAUCCCUGGCAAGGGACCUCGUUCUACAAGUUCAAACUCUAAUAGAGAACAAAUAAGUAUCACUUUAGAAGGUUACAUCUGUGUAGGCUUUGCAAGACUGUACAUUCAAGUACUAAUGUUGCUUUAAAACCUUUAAUUACCUGGUUAAGUACUGGCGAUUGGCAUUACAAUAUUCUGGAUGUAUUCAGAAAAAGAAUGGCGAACAUUUUCUAGUAAAAAUAAUUCAUCAACAGUCUUGCAUAGUCUACGAGUGGACAGUCGAUACUUCUCGAAGCAUCUAUCAGGAACGUAGGAAUAAGUAGUGUAAUAGAGAAAAAAAUAUAAAAAAUAAUAUUUUUAAAUUUAUAAAGUAGACAAAAUAUUGGCUAUACAUUAGAAUAAAUUAUAAAUCCAUUUCGUCUAAAUUACCUAGAACCCAAAUGAAUUUAAAUUAUUGAAGAAAUAAUAAAAAAAAAACUAAAUAAAUAAAUUAUUUAUGAGAUUCGAAAUUUAAAUAAGCUAUUGUUAUUUUGUCGUC